AUGCAAGCGUGUAAGCAUGACGCGCCGCUAUGCGAUGCUACGAAUUUAUGUUCUCCGUGUGGCCCCUCGUGCUUUGUGUGUAACGGGGGCCAGGCAUUGACGGCCCAAUCCUCCAGCGCUGCACCCACCCCCGCACCGCCGCCACCGCCGCCACUCGGUCAGUUCCGUUUCGACGCGGAGUGUCGCGUACCGCUACCGUCGGCCGAAGUGCGCGUAGAUAAGUACGGUGACCUCGUCCACGAUCCGACGCAGAACUUGCACGACGUUCUCUAUGAUGGCAAGCUGUCGGCCGCUAUUGUGUUCAUGUACAACCCUGUCGCGACGGACGGACAACUCUGUCUCCAGUCGGCGCCUAAGGGCAAUGUGUCUUACUUCGUGCACACGCCACACGCCCUGAUGCUGCAGGAGGUGAAGGCAGUGGUGACGCACUCGAUCCACAGCGCGCUGAAUUCGAUCGGCGGCGUCCAGGUUCUUUUCCCGCUGUUCUCGCAACUGGACCUGCCGCACGACGCGCCCACUUCGGACCCCAAACGGGACCCCAUGCUGUGCUCCAAGCUGCUGGGCUUCGUCUGCUCGCUGGUGGAGUCUUGCAGCACGGUGCAGCAGCACAUGCUGCAGUGUCGCGGUUUCCUCGUGGUCUCGCACAUGCUGCAGCGGUGCGGUCGCGAGCACCUCACCCCCGACACGCUCGCCUCCUUCCUGCACCUCACCAAGCACCUGGUCACCUGCUGCUCGCCAAACUCGGAUCUCUUACUUAAGCAGCUGCUCGACCACAUCCUCUUCAACCCCGCGCUGUGGAUCCACACGCCGGCCGCGGUGCAGGCGCGCCUCUACUGCUACCUGGCCACCGAUUUCCUGGCGGACGCCCACAUCUACGGCAGCGUGCGCAGGGUCAGCACAGUGCUGCAGACCGUGCACACCCUGAAAUACUACUACUGGGUGGUCAACCCGAGGGCUAAGAGCGGCAUCACGCCCAAAGGGAUGGAGGGCCCCCGGCCGGCACACAAGGACAUCCUCACGAUCCGCGCAUACAUCCUGCUGUUCCUGAAACAGCUCAUCAUGAUCGGGAACGGGGUCAAGGAGGACGAAUUGCAGUCGAUCCUCAACUAUCUGACCACAAUACACGAGGAUGAGAAUCUUCACGACGUGCUGCAGAUGCUCAUCUCCUUGAUGUCGGAGCACCCCAGCUCGAUGGUUCCGGCCUUCGACGCGAAGGGGGGAGUGAGGACCAUCUUCAAACUGCUGGCUUCAGAGAGCCAGAUGAUCAGACUCCAAGCGUUGAAACUCCUCGGCUUCUUCCUGAGCAGAAGCACACACAAGCGCAAGUACGACGUGAUGUCGCCGCACAACCUGUACACUCUGCUCGCCACGCGGCUCUGCUCGCUGGGCGAGACGCUCUCGCUGCCCGUCUACAACGCGCUCUACGAGCUGCUCACGGAGCACGUGGGCCAGCAGAUCCUCUACACCAACCACCCGGAGCCGCAGCCGCACUUCCGCCUCGAGAACCCCAUGAUACUGAAAGUGGUGGCGACACUGAUCCGGCAGUCGAAGCAGACGGAGCAGCUGCUGGAGGUGAAGAAGUUGUUCCUCUCGGACAUGACGCUGCUGUGCAGCAACAACCGCGAGAACAGGCGCACGGUGCUGCAGAUGUCCGUGUGGCAGGAGUGGCUGGUGGCGAUGGCCUACAUCCACCCGAAGAGCGCGGAGGAGCAGAAGAUCUCGGACAUGGUCUACUCGCUGUUCCGCAUGCUGCUGCACCACGCGAUCAAGCACGAGUACGGCGGCUGGCGGGUGUGGGUGGACACCCUGGCGAUUGUCCACUCCAAGGUGUCGUACGAGGAGUUCAAGCUGCAGUUCGCGCAAAUGUACGAGCACUACGAGCAGCGGAGGGCGGACAACAUCACGGACCCGGCCGAGAGGCAGCAGCGGCCCAUCUCCACCAUUUCGGGCUGGGAGCGGGCCGGCGCCCCUCAGGCGCGGCAGGGCCAGGGCCCUUCCCCGGCGGGGCGGCUGCACCACGCGGCGCAGACCGAGAUCGGCGACGGGCCCAGUCUGCGGCAGCUCGACUGCGACUGCGCCCCAGACCCGCGGGGGGACGCUGGGACCCUGCUCUACAGCGAGGUGUGCAGAGUGCACAGCGCGGCUGAACAGGCCCCCGAUGCGGCGGAAGGCGAGCACGCAGUGGACGACGCGCCCAACGACGAUUUGCACAUCGUCCAGGAUAGACUUCUGGACGGCUCCGAAUUGGAUGUGGCGGUCGAAGUGGAGAGCGAGAGGCCGCUGAGCCGGCAGGGCAGCCUCGAUUACAUCCCCGUGAGGGACGUCGGCGAUUCGCUCGUCAAGGACGACAACACGGAUAAGAGCGAGGGCAUACCGUCGAGCCUGUCCGUCAGCGAGACGGCCAGCCCGGAAAAGGUUUCGGACAUGAAUGUCAUUAACGAACGGGAGUCGGAACUGUCCGACCCGUCCGAGCUGUACUUGACGCCGAGCGAGGCGACUAGCCCCAAGAAGGACAAGACCGAAAUCGAGAGUCCAGACGAGACGAUAAGCGAGGACCCGAAGCACAUCGCCAUCAACAUAGUGAACGACGUCCUAUCCGUCGCUCUGGAGACGGUGCGGUCGAAAGCGGACGACGACACGGACUCCGGGGCCAUUUCGGGGGGGCAGCACUCGGAGGGCAACACGCCCAACGGCAGGGACGAUUUCGAGCACGACAUCGAGGAGAUGAUCGGCCGGAAGCAGGCCGUGGAGACCAUCGCCGGCGAGCUGGUCAUGGAACUGAUCGCGAGCGUCGUCGCGAAGAGCGAGCGAGAGGAAGCCAACGCGAUGGCUGCACCCUCGGAGCACGAGGUCGAGGGCAACGCUCUACCUCUGGACGGAGAGUUCGCCGUCGCCAGCGAGGAGCCGGACUUGGAGACGUUCAAGGCCAAAGUCACAGAGGAGAGCGCGAAGAAGGAAACGGAAACGGAGACGGAGGAGCACGACGUGCCGCAGAUCCCGCCGAUCUCGACGAUAAGCGAGAACAUCUCGCUCGCGAACAAGAAGGAGCAGGCGGACGCGGAAGAGAGAGGGCGUGAGAGCGAGAGGGAGAAGAGACGCGUCAGCUUGCCGGGCGACGACGAGAUGAAGCAGGACGGCAGAGGGGAGAUGGCCUCGCAGGGGACGAACACGUCCGCCUCGCCCAAACGGCCUCGUAGCGCCUCUACGAGCACGCAGGUCGAUUCUAAUCAUUUCGCAGAGAGCAAGAGGCCCACGAAGUGCAACCGGCCGAUGUUCUCCCCUGGGCCCACGAGGCCGCCCUUCCGCAUCCCGGAGUUCCGCUGGUCCUACAUCCACCAGCGCCUCCUCUCCGACGUGCUCUUCUCGCUCGAAACGGACAUACAGGUGUGGCGCAGCCACUCCACCAAGUCGGUGAUAGACUUCGUGAACAGCAGCGAGAACUCCAUCUUCGUGGUGAACACGGUGCACCUCAUCAGCCAGCUGGCGGACAACCUCAUCAUCGCCUGCGGCGGCCUGCUGCCGCUGCUGGCCUCGGCCACCUCGCCCAAUAACGAGCUGGACGUGAUCGAGCCGACGCAGGGCAUGCCGGUGGAGGUGGCGGUGACCUUCCUGCAGCGGCUGGUCAGCAUGGCGGACGUGCUCAUCUUCGCCAGCGCCCUCAACUUCGCCGAGCUGGAGGCCGAGAAGAACAUGUCCAGCGGCGGGAUACUGAGGCAGUGCCUGAGGCUGGUUUGCACGUGCGCGGUCCGAAACUGCCUCGAGUGCAAAGAGAGGCAGCGUUGCGCCGCCGCCAGGGCUGCUAGGGCCCCAGACUCUCCGGCUUCCAAGAGCGUGGUCGCUAGCUUGGCCGAUGCUUCGAGCCCAGUGAAGGACCCCGAACGUUUGCUCCAAGACAUGGACGUUAACAGGCUCCGAGCAGUGAUAUACAGAGAUGUGGAGGAGACGAAACAGGCCCAGUUCCUAUCGCUGGCGAUCGUCUACUUCAUCUCGGUGCUGAUGGUCUCCAAGUACCGUGACAUUCUGGAGCCCCCGCCGCACGCGCGGCCCGAUUGCGCCACCAGACGCACCCACCACCACGACCACCACGAACACAAUGGAGACGACGUCGAAUACGCUAUGAUUGUCGUAGAUGAGAACAAUUCGGCUAUGAACGAGUUGGACUCUCCGUCGAUGAAGGAGGUUGAUACGGGUGGGGGUGUGGCGAAAAUCGAAACCACCACCGACGAAGCGCGGCCGAAGUCGGGCGGGGGGGCGACGCCGCGCGGGGGGGAGGUCUCCCCCUCCUCCGAGAGGGAGGAACCGCUCUACAAGUCCAGCCUCCGCGCGAACGCUCGGCCCAAAGCGAAGAGCGUAGAUUCGAUUGAAGACGCCGGCUCGUUCCACCUCAACUCAACGGAGACCACGAACAACGACCCAGAGACCUCAAGCGAAAUCGCCAUGGACGAUAACAAACACCCCGUGAGCAACGACGAAUCGUGGACCGACGUGAACCUCAACGAGGAUGGCGAAAGGGGUCCAGCUACCAUCACCGGCCGUACCAGGGAUCACGAAGGGAACCUUCACGAAGACAUCGAUAAGCAAAUCCACAUGCGGAACAGCGAGCAUCAUCAUUUGCAGCAGAGGCAUCAGAACAGGAACCUCCAGGUUGCCCAGAGGCAUCUACAUCCCGACAACGAGACCCUGGCGGGUCUGAGCGCGAUGGGGUCCGUGGGGGGCGUGGGGGGCGCGGGGGGCGCGGGGGGCGAUGGGGCCUCCCGCGAGGCGUCUCUCACCCACAAGCUGGAGACGGCGCUGGGGCCCGUGUGCCCCCUGCUGCGCGAGAUCAUGCUCGACUUCGCACCCUUCCUCUCCAAGACCCUGGUGGGCAGCCACGGCCAGGAGCUGCUCAUGGAAGGGCUGCAGACGUUCAAGAGCUCCACGUCCGUGGUGGAGCUGGUGAUGCUGCUCUGCUCCCAGGAGUGGCAGAACUCGCUGCAGAAGCACGCGGGGCUGGCGUUCAUCGAGCUGAUCAACGAGGGGCGGCUGCUCUCGCACGCGAUGAGGGACCACAUCGUGCGCGUCGCCAACGAGGCGGAGUUCAUCCUCAACAGGAUGAGGGCAGACGACGUGCUCAAGCACGCCGACUUUGAGUGCGUGUGCGCCAACACGAGCAGCGAGCGCUUGGAGGAGGAGCGCAGCUGUGAGCGGCUGAUCCUGGCCGCCCGGAGGCGCGACCAGGCGGCCGCGGCCAGGCUGCUCGACAAGCUGCGCCACGCCGCCCACGCCGCCCACGCCGCCCACGCCGCCCAUGCCAGCGUCCCCGGCGCGGAGGAGGGCGCCGCUGAGGGCUUCUGGAAGCUGGACUCGUGGGAGGACGACGCCCGCAGGAGGCGGCGGCUGGUGCCCGACCCCAGGGGCAGGCGCCGCGCGGCCACUAGCGCCGCCACGGAUGCGGCGCCGCCCAGCGACGCCAUCCUGCAGGCGACGGAGGAGCUGCACGCGCGCAUCGCGCAGGCGGCGGGCGGCGCGCAGCUGCCCCAGCCCGCGGCCGACCUGCUCGACGACGCGGACGCGCUGCUCGACGAGCGGGACGCCGACCAGGAGCUCGCCGGGCCGGUGAACAUCAGCACGAGGGCGAGGCUGGUGGCGCCGGGGCUGGUGGCUCCGGGCACCGUCUCCCUCACCUCCACGGAGCUCUACUUCGAGGUGGACGAGGAGGAUGCGGAGUUCAAGCAGAUCGACCCCGAGGUGAGUGUG